CUCUCGGGUCAUAUCCUAUAAUUGUUAUCUGUAAUCAGGAAGAUUAUUUCAGUUGUUUGCCAAUAACAUUCACCAUUUUCAAAAAAACUUCAAUGCUCUUGAAAAAGCACACUUAUCGAGCUUAAUAUUAAAAGGAUAGGACUUUUGUUGUGAUAUUUUCCUAAAGCAUAAAGGAUAAAGUCUGAAUUCUUAUGGAAUAUAUUUUGCAUUGAAAACUCAACAAAGUGUACAUAAGUAAUGUGAAAUCGAAACUAGAAUUGCGAUCUGUGAAUUUAAUACUUAAAAGGAAUAAAAAGGCAAGAUGGAUUCAGUUUUGUGGCACACUGAUGUUUCAGAGUUUACUCGUAUGCUAGUUGCUUCGACUCUGAUUGUAUUUUUCAUUUGUUUUCUCUUUACACAAUACAAUCAAUUUAGAAAGAAGCCAACUGUGUUAAAUAAGACAUCGCAGACACACAAGACUACUCAAACGCUUGAUGAAGACUUUUGGAUAUCUAGUUCUGCAGAAGACAAUGGUGAUGAAUAUUGUGACAUUUGUGAAAUUAUGCGGCAGGCAAAAACAUAUUGCACACAAUGUAAACAAUACUUGUGCAUCCAGUGUUUAAAAGUGCAUUCAAAAAUAAGGUUAAACAAGGACCACGGAAUUACAAAUUGUGCAAAUGUUACAGAGAAAAAGCUAAAAAGCAGGCAUGUAGCUUUGUGGUCAACCUAUUGCAUUCCAAUAAAAAGUACAAGCACUCUCAUCGGAUUCAGUAAUACUGAAAACAAAACUGAUAUUAGAUUUGUAACACAGACAACUAAAACAACUGGAUAUCCUCAUUAUAAGGACGAGGUAUGUUUAAGGUUUAUCGACGCAAAAAAUCACGAAUGUAUAUCACAAAACACAAUUAGUAUUAAAAACAAAGAAGUACAUUUUAAAGAAAAGUAUAUAUCACAAAAGGAAUUUUAUUUCGUGACUGGUAAUGAGUUAACCUACUUUUCAUUCCGCCGCUACAAAAGUGUAUGCAAGAUGGAUGAAAACAUGGAAACUGCAACAGUUGUUUUUACAACACCCGGACAUUGUUUCGGAAUAACGAAGUUUGACAAUGGUUUAGCUCUUGUACACGAGCAGAAUGGGAGUUUUUCGACUCCAAAAUGGCAAAUCCAUGUCUAUACUUUUGAAGGUGUACUGAAGCAGCAAAUACUGUAUGAUAAAGAAAGACAAGCUCUUUUUGAACGACCCGAAUACCUUUCUGCAAACACUGAAGAAAAUAUUCUGUAUGCAACAGAUACUUCGAAAAAGGUCUUGUAUGCUUUUGACACGAAAGGAAAUAUACUUUUCAUAUUUCAAUCAAAGGUAAUGGUUGAACCAAGAGGAAUAUCCAGUGACCCUGAGGGAAACAUUUACAUUGCCUGCAGAAGACGAGUUCUCCAAAUACAAGAAAAUGGGGUCAAAUACAGAACAAUUCUUUACAUAGGAAAAUUAAAGGGAGAUAACUGUGUAGAGGAUGUCUAUUUUGACAGAGAAAACACACAACUUGCUGUUAUUGAGGACUUUAAAUACGGCAAUGUGUUCAAGUUUUUGAGGGACUGAACGGAAGUGUUAUCAAGUUAUGAGAACUAAUCGGCUGUAUAUUCAGGUUUUUAAAUGGCUUAACAGUUUUCAGUGUUUUGAGUGAUUGAACAUUAGCUCUAAUGGCUGGCCUUUAAGGUAAUUUGAAGCGCUGUACUUAAAACAUUAUUAAACACGGCAAUUUGUUCAAGUGUUUAAGCGACUAAACGGAAUCUUAUCAGGUUGAGAGAACCAAUCAGCAGUGUAUUUCUGCUUCUGAAUGACUUCUAAGUGUUUUUAAGUUUCUGAGUAAUUGAACAUUAAUUCUAGUGGCUGACUUUCAAAGUAUUUGUGAAAUAUGUUUAAAAUACCCAAGGGUAUUAAGUGUCACUGUAUAAUAUUUGCAUUGUACAUUGAUUUUUAAGUUUGUGUAUAUUGCAGCCACACAGUCAUUUUCAAAUCCUUCAAGAAUAUAAUAACAUAAUGACCCUAAAAUUUAUUUUUGACGAAAUUUCAAUGAUGUGGCAUGAACACAAUCAUCAAUUUGAUGCCCGAUAAAAUGUACUUCUUCCUUAAUUCAUAGGAGGUAUUUGGAUUUGGCAAGCAAUACAUAUAUAUAAUCUUU